CAAACAGCUGUGGCAUGUGCCAAACGGAGGGGGUCACAGCUCAGAGCCAGUCCCAUCAUUGCACAAGAGUGUUGGGUGACUCAAGGCAAGGAGCUGGACUGUGCUCAGGUUUGUGCAGGUUAUGGGGAACACCACAAGUGAACGUAUUUCUGGAGACAGGCAUGGCUCUAAAUCCCACCGUGCUGAUGGAGCAACUGGUGCACAUUCUACAAAAGAACAUGAGGGAAACAAGAUCAUGGUUGGCAGCACAGAUGAUCCAAAUAUUUUCAACACCAAGGAAUCCAAGCUUCCUGGAGAUAAGGAAUUCUCAACAUGGUCCCAGGACUCUGAGGAUUCUGGGAAAUUGACUCAACAGGGCCGUCCCACUGUGAUACGAUGGUCAGAAGGGGGUAAAGAAGUUUUUAUAUCUGGAUCAUUUAACAAUUGGAAUGCCAAAAUCCCAUUGAUCAAAAGCCACAAUGACUUUGUUGCAAUCUUGGAUCUUCCGGAAGGAGAGCAUCAGUACAAGUUUUUUGUGGACGGUCAAUGGGUUCAUGAUCCUUCUGAGCCCGUGGUCACCAGCCAACUCGGAACAAUCAACAACUUGAUUCAUGUUAAGAAAUCUGAUUUUGAAGUGUUUGAUGCUUUGAAGUUGGAUUCAAUGGAAAGCUCUGAUACUUCGGCAAGAGAUUUAUCAAGUUCACCACCAGGAUUUUACGGUCAAGAUUUGUAUACUUAUCGACCAGAGGAGCGGUUUAAAUCUCCUCCCAUUCUCCCUCCACAUCUCCUUCAAGUUAUUCUCAACAAGGACACAAACAUUUCUUGUGAUCCAGCACUUUUACCUGAACCCAACCACGUAAUGUUAAACCAUCUCUACGCACUGUCAAUAAAGGAUGGCGUGAUGGUACUUAGCGCAACUCACCGCUACAAGAAGAAAUAUGUCACCACCUUGCUGUACAAGCCUAUUUAGAUGAGCGGAGCCUGCAGUCUCCUCAUGUGUGGUAGAAACUAGGACAUGUCUUUAGGCUGAACUAAUAUGAUCAGUGUUUAAUGAUCAUUGGUUUACAAUGGGUAUAAAGUGACUCUUUUUGUCUAUUUCUGCUUAGUAACAUUGGAAUAUUGAAGGAGACAUUGGUGUCAUGAAUGGCUGCUUCUUUUGUGACUAUAGCUUUAAGAAGAUACAUAGUAAAGUGAGGAGAAAUCUUAAGUGACGUGUCCAGUAACCUACAGGCAGAUCUAUAGUAUUUUCCAUAUUAGCCAUAGAAUAUAUGGAAGUAUCUUCUUCUCUUUUUAAAUGGUCUUAAUGGAUGAUAAUUUAUUUCAUGCUCAAAUGAUGCCAGGUUACCAUGACAACAGAAUUUAUUUAUCUUAGUGAACCCUUUAUAAAAGUCAUGAUUCUGCUGCUAUCUAAGUAAUAUAGAUUUCUUAAAUUAAUAAAAAAUAACAUUUAGUUAAGGUCAGACAAUUGUGUAAUAUGAGCAACCAAACAUUUAAAGUACAGUAUCCUUACCUGUGUGUUUCACAGUAAUAACCGCUAACGUGUAUUUUAAACUAACUUUUGAAUUGUAAAAGUAUUUUUUUUACAUCUGUUAAGCUCAUCUAUUUGAGUGUCCAUUAAUAUUUUUCAGUAUUUAUUAUGAUGACUUGAAUAUUUUAUAAAUAUGUAGCACAACCUCUCCCUUGUUCAUGUAUCUUAAAUCACAGUGUACUGUAAGAUUGUUUUCCUCUUAAUGUGUUUCCAAUGAAAGCUUCAGCAUAUGAAAUGUAUUGGAAAUCACUACUUUCUAUUUAUUUGUGUAUAUGAAAUAGCUUGUUUUUUUCUUCUUGAAAACACAAGCCAUUUAAAUGAGCUUAGAUUGCAGAAAGAGUGGACAUCCUUAUCUUAUAUAUUUAUGUACUGUAUACACACAUGUCUACUUAUCUUACCUGUAUGUCUAUUUACAAAGGCUGAAACUUAUUAAAAACCUCUCCAGCAUGAAGAGAGAUCACACAAAA